CAAACCCUUUGGACCAUAUGCCUGCAGAUAUAUGGUUUAUUUUACAUCCACUUUUGCUAGGCGUUAAUAAUACAAAGCUCGACUUAAGACAUCCACAUUUAAAAGAAUCGCUUAAGGACUAUUAUCUUUGGAUUCUUCUUCUAUACGGGGUACUAAUAUGUUUCGGUUUCAUGAGUAAUAUUUUUGUUUCAUGGUAUAUUACUCGGAAGAAGCUUUAUAAAGACGAAACUUUUAGUUUUCUUUUGAAUAUUUUUAUAAGUGAUAUGAUUAAGUGUAGUGUUGUGUUGCCGUUGUCUUUGUACGUGUUGAUGAUAAGAAAUUGGGUGCUUGGAGAGCUGUUAUGUUCUAUUUUACCAAUGAUACAAGAUAUUCCGCAGCAUGUUACAACUUUAACGUUCCUAAUAAUGGCAUGGGACAGAUUUAGAUACAUCAAAAAACCGUACAGACCAAGAGUUCCAGCAUUCGUUUGCAACUUUGGUACAUGGCUCACAGCUGUAUGCUUGGUACUACCUUAUUCAAUGUAUAUAAUGUACAUCGAUUUGGGGCAAGUCUACCCGAAACUCCAGAUUCUUCAAGGCGUUGGAUUGUGCACAUUGAACAUAUUGGAUAACAUCAAGGAUUAUGCCCGAGGAAUAUUUAUUAUUAUGUUUAUUAGUCCACUAACUAUCGUAUUUUGCUUAUUUAUCCGAGUGUCACGAGAGUUGGCAAAACAAAACCCAACGCCAGUCAUUAAGUAUGAAGUUCGUACGCAAGAAACGAAAACAAGGAUAGGAACAACUCAAACGGGACAGGAAGAAGUUCGAAGCGUCAGAACCGACUACGAUCAAACGAGACAGUGUAGCCGCGGAAGUAUUCAUGAAAGCGACAGAGGCAGGGCGCUAUACAAAUUAUCCGAACCUCAUCUCAAUGUCGUCAAAGAACGCCGAACUCAGAAAUUUCUGGUCAGCAUUGUGGUUAUUUACGGAGUCUGCCUUUGCCCUUUGCUGGUAUUAAAGCUCGCAAGAAUGUCCGUUCCAGAAACGUACGAGUACAUCACAUAUCUGGAUAUCGUCUACAUUUGUUUUGUUUGGUUUGCAUACGUUCCCACAUGCACGACAGCGAUGUUAUUUAUAUUAUGGCAGAUUAACAGACCAUCUGCGGAACGCGUCAUAGGCUAUUUGCAAUUAAGUGGCCGAAAAAUGAGACAUUCUUGUGAAACCGUAACUUCGGUAACAGAUACACCUGUGCCGAAUCAUGGAAAAAGAUGUCGAUAUUCCGAAGAAACAUUUUCCGACACAAAUAGUUGCCAACAGGAUUCGUCUUCUACCUGAUGACAUGGCAUGAGUUGUAGACCAUCAGCGGAACGCGUCAGAGGCUAUUUGCAAUUGAGUGGCAAGAAAAUGAGACAUUCCUGUAAAACCGUAACUACGGUAACAGAUACACCAAUGCCAAAUUAUGGCAAAAGAUGUCGAUAUUCCGAAGAAACAUUUUCCGACACAAAUAGUUGCCAACAGGAUUCGUCUUCUACCUGAUGAAAUGGCAUGAGUUGUAGGUGUGUGUUAAACAGAAAAUAUUUUGGACAAAUGAGUAAAUAUAAGUAGGUUCAAUGAAAAUAAAUGCGUAGGUUGACAUCAGAUUCCUCUAGAUUUUAUGGAAAUGAAUUUUUAAUAUGAAGAUGUUUUGGAGACAUACACAGAUUCUUCUAUAGUAAUAAACAUCGGUAUAAGUUGUAAAAAAUAAUAUCUACCUUUAUACUCAUAGAAUUAACAAGGAACAAUAACAGUAACGAAUUAAUAAAUAAAUAAAUAUAAUGCUUAAAAUUUCACAUA